AUGGCCAAAAGCAAAAAAACGGCAGAUAUUAUUGAUUCGACGAAUUCUCCAAUUCUAGAAUUACUUUCGUCAAAAAUUCCCAUUUUUCAGUCUAUUUUACAUCCAGGACUACCGAUCAUCAUAACUGGGUUUGGUACUGGCCAUAUUAUCUGUCAUCGUUAUGACCCCACCAAGUUGCAAUCACGUUUGAAUCGUAAACGUAAACUUGAUAUUGCAACUCCAGAUAAGGAUGCUGCAAAAAAUGGUUCUAAAAUGAAGAACCGUGCUUGUACUUGGACUAGAUUGGACAUGGACGUAGAAAAUGGUACUCUGAGAUUGGUUGAUAUUGAAGAACAACAACAGUCAAUAGAAGAGACCAAAGAUCUGGGGGUGGAGACACUUUGGAAGACUAAAAGACAUAGAGGUAGCGUACGUGCCAUCUGCUUUGAUGCUAAUGGCGAUAAUAUUUUUUCUAUUGGUUCUGACAAUAUCUUGAAAAAAGCCAACACCAUUACCGGUAAGGUCGUUAAGAAGGUAAACCUAGGUUCACUUUUUGAGUCCGAAAAGAAGAAGAAUGAUAAGUUCACCAAAUUAUGCAUAUCUCAAACUCAUCCAUUUAUAUUGCUAGGAGACGAAUCUGGUGAUAUUCAUGUUUUAAAUUCGGAGAACUUAGCUUUGUCAAACUCCAUUCGUUCAAUACAUUUUGGUGACUCAAUCAACGAUAUCAUCCACUUCGAUAAAAGAUCUGCAUACAAGUUUAUAUCCCUAGGCCAAACAACGUUAGCGUAUUUUGAUGUUCGUGAUAAAGACGCCAAACCAAACACAGCAGAAAAUGAGGAUGGAAAAAUCUUAGUCAGUGAUGAUCAAGAAGACGAGGUUCUUUGCGGUUGUUUCGUUGAUCCUGAGGUAGCAGAUACUCUUUUAUGUGGGAUGGGUGAGGGUAUUGUCACUGUCUGGAAACCAAAUAAGAAUGAUUUGGAAGAUCAAAUGAGUCGUAUAAAAAUCAGCAAGGAUGAAAGUGUUGAUUGCAUUAUUCCUACUUUACAAGAUGAUAAUUGUGUCUGGUGUGGUUGCUCCAAUGGUAACAUCUAUAAAGUGAAUGCCAAAUUAGGGAAAGUAGUUGAAGUGAGGAACCACAAUGACUUCGAUGAAGUCAAUUUUAUGGAUCUAGAUUCCGAAUAUCGCGUUGUUUCUGGUGGCUUGGAAAAUAUCAAGAUUUGGGAGCUGUCCAGCGAUGAGGAUCACAAAUCACUAGAGUCUGAUGGGGAUGACGAUUUCUCCCGUUCCGAUGAAAGCAACAGUGACAUUAGCAGUUCUGAUGAAGGUGAAGUGACGCUUGUCGGACUAUCGAAAGAGCAGCUAUUGGAUGAAUUGGAUAAAGACCUUAAUCAUGAAGAAGAACAUACGGGCGGGGAGGAAUCCAAUCAAAAAAGCAGCAAAAAGAGGAAAUUAAUGAAGGAUAAGAACAAGAAAAAGGACCUUUACGAACAUGGAAUCAAAAAAUUUGAUGAUAUAUAG